AUGGUGCUCGUGCCCGGAUCUUCUGGUGACGCCGGAUAUCAUCGUGAGUCCGAAAAAGAGGUUCAAGUGAUGAUUGGGCCGGGAAAUCAAGCGUUGACAGACGUCGGAUCGACAGAGUGCUGGGAGGAAGUCUGCCGACGGAAGAGAGCCACAAUUUACUUUGCCUUACAAUACUGCAUUGAGGUGUUCCUGGAAAGAGAUACGUUCAAGGCCUUCAAGAUCUCGAAAAGCGACCAAGCCCAGUGUACUGUGUGCACCGACCCCUCCACUCAUAACAUGAGGAAGCGCAUCCUGCUCUGCGCGUGCCGCAUUUGCCAGCUGGGCAUGCCGUACGCGCGCUGCCCAUGGCGGGGCAAGCGGCUUCAGUGCGGGCGGCACAACGUGGUGGAUGUUUUCCAAAACGGGGCCCACGUAACGGCUCUCCGUCAUCCUCGUCCGCCGAGUCUUACACGAGCAAUGAAGGACUUCGCCAAGGAGAUGGCUGAUCAAGGUCUUAAGCCAGCUAGAAUCCGCAGCGGUCUGCUGCGCAAGUUUGAGCUCUGUACGAGCUCUCUGCCAUAUCUAUAG